UGAGUUUAAUAUCAAACUAGUUCGAAGUUUAAAAAAUCAUCAAACGUACAUGCGAGAGUUUUCGCAAAAGCAUUUAAAUUACAAACUCAUAGAAAUGUUUCAGAAUACGCUUUUGUGGAUGGGCCUAUUAUGCCUUUAUUAUAUUGUGCACAAGUUUUGGCACAUCAAUGCGUACAAGCGUUUCCUUUUCUAUGCGGUGGACAUGAUAUUUACUCUAUGCUUAAUGCCCAACAAGCUGGACUGGACUAUGCCGUACUGCCUGUUUUUGCUAAUGAUGUCGCAUUGGAUGCACUGGGUUGCUCGACAGCACGUGAAGACCUUACAUGCUAAGUAUGCGACCUUCAAAGCUCUCAAUGUGCUGAUCGCCUUGGAUGUGUGGCUGAUGUGGUCCUAUAAAAACAUGCUGGACGAUGGCAGCCUCAAAGAUCGCUUGACAGUGGAGCAAGCCCUACUAAUCCUCAAUACCGUGACUAGUAUGCGAAUUUGGCAGGUUACAAAUGCCCUGCAAGGGGAAUGCAAAAACUGCAAUCGGACAAUUCCCCGAACCCAGAUUUUAUUUGAGGCAUUCGAACUCGUCUGCACCAUCCACAUUUUUUUGAGUUACUGGCCGACUGUGGGCCUGGCCAACCUGCUGUAUUGUGUCAAGAGUUUCUCUGAUGCCAUCGUCCGGGUUAGACUUCGCGUGGACGCUCGCAACGCCAUGGAAAUGGCUUCCAAAAAGUUGGAAGGCCACGAGAUAGUCGGCCUUGAGUGUAUCAUCUGCCGGGAGACCAUGAAGUCCACGAAUAAGUGUGGCUGGGUCCGACUGCGCUGUGGACACUCCUAUCACACGUGCUGUGUCACGGUCUGGUUUAAUUAUCAGAUCUUCUGUCCAUUCUGCGGUUGCAAUGUACUCUCGGAGCCGGAACCGGAACCGGAACCACCUGAAACUCAAGGGCAGCUGCAUCAUAAUUCAAAUUAUAAUUAAAUUUAAUAGUCCCCAAUUCCCUCUCGCCGCAAGUUCUUCGAUUUAUUAGGCACCUUUCAUAUUCAACUCUACAAUGCGGAUUCCAAAGGUUUCACAACAAAAUCUAUCCCAAGGUUAAUCCAGCCUUGGAAUGGCUUUCAAAUUUUCAAGUGUACGCGCCACAUAUCAAGCUCUCGCAGUUGAUAUUUGAACUACUAUUAUCGACUGUUACAUACCACAAUGUGGAACCCAUUUCGUGGCGGCAUAACAUUUUCACUGAUUAAUACCAUGAAAUAUAUUUAA